AUGGCAGCUAAUAAUUCAAAUCUCGAUCUUGUCUUUGCGAUGGAUUGCACUGGUUCAAUGGGUUCGUAUAUCAAAAGUGCAACAGACAACAUUCGUAUGAUUAUUGAUGAAAUUAUUGCCAAAGAGAAAGUCACUAUACGACUUGCUCUCGUCGAGUAUCGUGAUCAUCCUCCUCAAUUUUACAAAUACAGUGACAGAAAUGAAAGGAUGGCUGGCGCGCUUCGUGAGGCUUUCAGUCUUCCGUGGCGUUCCGAUGCGACUAAAAUCUGCAUUCUCAUAUCUGACGCACCACCUCAUGGUCUUGUCGCAGCCGGUGAUGGUUUUCCCAGUGGAUGUCCAGCUGAUCACGAUUCACUCAACAUUGCACGGAACAUGGUUGAAAGAAGCAUCACUCUCUACACUGUCGGUGUCGAACCACCUAUUGUACCUUAUCGUGAGUUUUUCAUGGCUAUUGCACACAUAACAGGUGGACAAUAUGUUCCAAUGGCAGAUGCAAAUAAACUAGCACAAAUGAUCAUUGGCGGCGUACGCGAGGAAAUAUCGCUUGAUCGAGUUAUGAAUAGUUCUAAGCGAGACAUUGCUCGGGAGGUGCAUAAAGCAGCUAGAGAUGGAGUUGACGACAAUGAAGCAGCCAAACGAUUACAAAAGAUCUUUUCCGAAAAGAACGUCGUUGUUAAUCGCAUGAGAAAUGAAGCUAGAACACCGUCAAAAGCCGCUGAAGAAUGCUACGCGAAAUGUACAGAUAUGUCCGACAUUCAACAACAAUACCAACAAUCGAUACCCACCGUUUCUCAUACUAAAGCAGCCGAAAUGGAUUAUAAAUUAGAAGAGAAUAAACCAGUCAGCUUCGAACAAGCGAAACGUAUUGUUCAAAAAGCAAAGAAUUGGGAUUACUCAUCAAUUGAUUUAAGUGAUGAUAAGACUUCAACUGGUAACUCUACUGCUGGAACACCAUGCAAGCAUGGGGCACGCUGCCGUGAUCGAAGCGACUAUCACUGA